UGCCAUGCCAUGAACUGAUCAACAACCCUGCAAUGGAAUUAUCAUUCAUGCCAUAGCACUAAUCUUUGACGAAAACCCCCACUGCUGGACAGCCAAUCAAAUGUCCCAUCCCCACCUGCGCAUUAUGAGUCGAAAGCUCAGCUACUGACCGUCGUGACAUGCCAGAGAUAUGGAAUCUAGAUUUCCAGAUCAUAUAAAGUCCGUAACUUGUCUCAUGAUAUUGAUCGAACAGAACUCCUCAUAAUCAGUCCUAAAAAUAAACGAAACGAUGAACACCAUCACAGCUACACGACACAAAAUACUCACGCCUGCCACCACUCCAGCCAAUAACCUACUCCCUAGUCCUUUUGUCGUCUGCAUAAUAGGGGCUAGCUCUGGUAUAGGCGAGCACAUCGCUUAUUCAUUUGCACAAGCAGGAGCCUCUGGUAUUAUUCUAGCAUCCCGCAGCACCUCCGAACUUACUCGCGUUGCUGAGAAAAUUCGGGAAAUCGCCCCGGAAACACGAAUCGAGAUAUUUUCGUGUGAUAUCGCAUCAUCCAGCAAUAUUUCAGACCUUGCAAAUUAUAUCAAAGAAACUUUCGGCCGCCUCGAUGUCUGUGUUCCCAAUUCUGGAUAUGCCGGCCCCGUGACUCUAAAGGUUACUGAAGGUGACCCGUCAUGGUUUCGAGGAAAUUUCGACAUAAACAUGAUCGGAACUUACAAUUGUGCGCAUUAUUUGAUACCUCUGCUGCUGGAGAGUGAGAAUGGAGCAAAGGGUUUCAUACAGAUUGGAUCGUUGGCUGCGACUUUAACGGAUGGUCCCAUUGCCAACACAGGGUAUUGUGUGAGUAAAUUUGCGCAGAGUAGAUUUUUAGAGAUGAUAGGUUCUCAAUUUGGAGAGGAAGGAUUGCUUGCUGUUACUGUCCAUCCGGGGGCCGUUGCAACGCCGAUGGCUGCUGGAAAUACACCCGAAGUUUUCUUGCCUUAUUUGGUUGAUAGCGUGGAUCUUUGUGGUGGCUUUUGUGUAUGGUUGAGUAAAAACAUCAAAGAUUUGAAAUGGAUGAAUGGAAGGUUUCUGGAUGCUAGAUGGGAUAUUGACGAGUUACUUCAGAGAAAGGAGGAUGUUCUUGAGAAGGAUUUACUUAAGUGGACGUUGAGAACUUCGUGA